UUUUGUAUACAGGGGUUUGCAGUUUGCACACAUCAAAAACCUGUCUUCCUUUUGAAACAUCAGGCGUCAACGAAUCAUAUACCCUUUUAUGAUGCCCAUUGAUUGGUUACAACUUACAAAAUUUUCGGUAUCAUCUCUUUCCUAUAUAAGCUUCGCAGAGUUCGCUGGUAACGUCUUUCCUAUAUAAAUUUCAUAUAGUUCACUGAUAAAGUGACACACCCCAAUGCCCCAUACCUGGGGUUUUCAGAAUUUACCCAAAAAAAAAACAUAAAAUAAAUACGAAUCUAUUGAAGAGGCCAAAGAAAUAAGAACCCAAUUUUUCCUAUCUUCACAAAGUUCAAUUUAAACUUCAAAAACCGUGGGAUAUAGAUGCGGCUACCUAAGAGUAGUAAGUUGUUUUGGAAAACGAAAUUCAUCUUGAAAUGUCAACAAGCAAGCAUUCAGAUUCAUACCAAGGCCGCCCACAGGAACAAAAGCCAGGAGGCAGCACAAUUCAGCUACCACCAACGUCAAAAUACUCUGCCGUUGCCCUACUUGUUUCUUCGUUGAUCUCCAUCUUCGUGCUUCCGCGUCCCGCAGCGCCUUGUUUUGAAGCCAAUAUAUGUAUGUCCAGCAGCUACAGCUUUCCCCAUAGCCUGAUACGUGAUACAAAAAGCAGAGAACGCACAGAGGGGGAUGAUGUGGAGAUAUCUGGGGAGAAGACCUAUGUCAACCUUGGCCACUGAUUGGUGGCACAAUGUCGGAAUCGCUCCCAAAGAUCCCAUUUUGAGUAUUACAGAGGCCUUCUUUGCCGACUCCAGCCCCAACAAAAUCAAUCUCGGAGUGGGUGCUUAUCGUGAUGAUGAAGGGAAGCCGGUUGUGCUUCAAUGCGUUCGAGAUGCAGAGGCCAAGAUCACCGGUUGCGAGUUCUUGGAAUCCCUUUCCAGGCAAGGCAAUGUGAAACUGGUCGAGGAAAGUGCAAAGCUGGCAUAUGGAGAGAACUCAGAUGUAGUAAAAGAAGGAAGGUUUGCUGGUGUUCAAGCUCUCUCUGGCACUGGUGCAUGCCGCCUGUUUGCUGAGUUCCAGAGGCGUUUUAGACCUGAAUCACAGAUUUACCUACCUUCUCCAACUUGGUCCAACCACCAUAACAUUUGGAGAGAUGCCCGAGUUCCAUCGAGAACCUACCACUAUUAUGAUCCUGAAUCUAAGGGACUGCACUUUGGCGCACUCAUGGAUGAUGUGAAGAAUGCACCAGAUCAUUCUUUUUUCCUGCUGCAUCCUUGUGCACAUAAUCCAACUGGUGUUGACCCUACGGAGGAACAAUGGAGAGAAAUCUCCCAUCAGUUCAAAGUGAAGAAUCACUUUCCCUUCUUUGACAUGGCUUAUCAAGGUUUUGCUAGUGGAAAUCUUAGUAAAGAUGCUCAGGCAAUCAGAAUUUUUGUAGAGGAUGGACAUUUAAUUGGCUGUGUUCAGUCAUUUUCUAAGAACAUGGGUCUAUAUGGACAACGAGUGGGAUGUUUAAGUGUCCUUUGUAUGAAUGCUAAACAAGCAAUAGCAGUCAAAAGCCAACUUCAGCACAUUGCCAGGGCCAUGUACAGCAACCCACCUGUUCAUGGUGCACUUCUGGUCUCCACCAUCUUGUGUGAUCCACAUUUGAGGAAUCUUUGGGUGGAAGAGUUGAAGGUCAUGGUGAAUCGAACAACCAAAAUGCGAGUUACUUUACAAAAAAAUCUUGAAGAAUUAGGAUCUCCUCUGAAUUGGGAUCACAUAACUAACCAGAUUGGGAUGUUCUGCUAUAGUGGUUUAACUCCUGAACAAGUUGAUCAGCUUAGAAACAAGUUCCAUAUUUAUAUGACACAUGAUGGCCGUAUCAGCAUGGCAGGUAUUACUACAGGAAAUGUGGCUUACUUGGCGAAUGCAAUCCAUGAAGUCACUAAAUCUGCUGAAGGAUACUAAGAUGAAGGGAAAAUUGCUUUUUGUUUUUCCUGUGAAUUGCUGGAAUGUUCAAGUGGCGAAGAAUUCUGUGCAUGGAUUGGGUUCUAGCUUUCUAGCACAUGACAUUCCACAUGUUUCAAGACCGAGUAGGACUUUCUCUGAAGUCAGAGCUGUGUGUGGAAUUAGGAUUCAGGAUUUGUUAUGUAUGUUGAAUUGGUUCUUUAGUAACGGAGACCCUAUCUGCUGUGGAAGGGCUAGAGAUUGUGGCUAAAUUGGUUGGUUAAUUAUAAGUGGAUCCAUGAGAUUUCCUGUUGGGGGUUGGAGCCAUUCUCCCAUGUGAAAUUACUGCUUAACAUAAAAAGAUCGGGUCUUGAUGCCUUGUUUCUCUGUCUCACUUUCAUUAACGGUUAAAACAUUAUUGGAUUGAGCCUAGGGUUAGCUUUCAUGAAAAGGAUUUAAUGUAAUUAG